GAGCCUUAAAAAUGGCUCGGGCACAUUGGAGCCUGAAAGCCGUUCAGGCAUAAGGCGUGACAUACAAGCCUGAACGCCUGCAUGUCGCGUGUCAGGCUGUCAGGCUGUCCGUAUAUCUCACUCUCUAUUUAGCCUCCACCAUUAUAGCUUCACGAAGUACAGCGAAGCUAGGAGGAAAAAGUUACACCUAGCCUCGUUUCUCGCUCAUGGGCCUUCGUCCUGCUCCUCGGAUUUCUGCUGACCGCGAAUCUUCGCCUCACAAUGCGCCUCGUAAAACGUCUCUCAGGCGUCUCAUUACCGACAAGACAUUGACAUUCUUAUCAAGUAGCACUCUCUAAACGCCUGCUCAAGCGCGGUGGUGGACCUGAAAUUUAGAAACCUCCUCUCCUCUUCGUUUAUUCCGCGUCCUCCGCUCAGGCUUAGCUUCUGCUUACCACCAACCAGAAUGUAGACUCAGCUUAGCUCCACCCAGAUUUCUGAUUCAGCUUAGCACCAACCAGUUUCCUGAUUCUGCAGAUUCUGCAAAUUCUGCACAGCACCAGCCAGAGAAGCUUAGCACAACAUAACUACCUCGUUGGGAGCGAAGCUUGUUUGUGCUUACUGGGGUGCAAAUCUCUUAUCAGCGGAAGACUUAGAGACUACUGCCUCCCAUGGCGGAGCGCGUCGAAAAUCUGACGUUCGAGCUUGCCAAGUGGACGGACGUGGAACGCUGGUCGGUGCUCAAAUGCACCAAGCCUGCUGACGUCAGCAGUUCGCUUCUGGGGGUGCGGGAUCGGAAGGAGAGCCGAUGUGGCAUGUGCGGAAAGCCUUCGCAGACGUGUACAGGCCAUUUCGGGCACAUAGCCUUGGAGAUGCCGCUCUAUCACCCCCUGCUGCGCCCUCUGCUGGUCACCACCCUCAACUCCUUCUGCCUCGCCUGUGGCAAGGAAUGGCAGCCCCCCCGCCGCUCACCCACCCAAGCCCAGCUCUUCUCAGGUUCCCUGGCAGCAGCGGGCAGCAAAGCGAACAAAGGAACAGUGCAGAAGCGCCGGCGGGGGACAGAGGGGGAGGAGAGGAGGGGAAAAUACAGAGUGAGGGAGGGGGAAAGUAGAGAGAAAGGGAAAGGGAAGAGCGAAGCCGUUCAGGCUGGAACGUCAGCUGCACCAGCACCAGUAGCAGCAGCAGCGGCAGCAGCGGCAGUAGUGGAUACAGCCGCAGCAGUGGACGCAGAGGCUGCAGGAACAGUCGACGAAGUCAAGGCAGCAGGAGCAGAUGGUGCAGCAUCUUCCCCCGGUACCCCUUCUCAAGCCACUGAGAGCAAGGGGCUGAGCGGACAGAGAGAGAAGAGCGAGGAGGAGCAGGAGAGGGAGCAGAGUGGGGAGGCACAAGAUAAGGAGAAGAGUGAGGAGGGUGUCCCUGCUGUAGGGGAGGCGGUGCAGCAGACUAUGGGGCGAAUGGAUGAAGUGGUCUCGCUUUCGGAUUCUGAAUCUCGGAGCGAGAGUGGUGAUGAGGAUGACAAAGAAGAUGGUGACAGUGACAACGAUACGCCGGCUCCUCUUCGCGAGAAGUUCCGACAAGUUGGCUUCAUUGGGCCGGGUGCUAGGCGGAUGCUCUCAAGUCUUCCUGAUGACGAUGCUGAUGAUAUUGAUGGCGGGCCGAGCAGAGUACGCGCUGCUGGGAGUGAAGGUAGAGUCGAGUACGUGCUAGGAUCGGAAGAUUCGGAAGAUGAUGAUGGGGGCGGCCGAAGCAACGGUGGGGGCCAUGGCAUUGGCGUUGGCAAUGGCGGUGGCGAUUCCCAGGUUUUGAGGCGUCUCAAGCCUGGCCGAAGUGAUGGUGGGGGCGAUGGUUCGGAUGCUGAUGCUGAUAAUGAUGAUGCCCGUGCCUCUGACAGUGAGGGUGACGUCGUGGAGAAGAAUGACAACGAGACAAACGAACAGAAGAACUUACUGGAAGAUGAAUGCGUCUGGUGCCAGCGCCGAAAGUGGUACCAGGUUGUGGACGGCUGGCGCAAUGAGAGUGCAACAUCCACAGCAGCAGGGGGGGGCGAUCCCUUGGCCCACUGCUUUCUGUGGCUCCGCCCGUGCAAGAAUGACAAGCUGCUGCUGGGCCUCUGGAAUCUGCUGUUCCCAGAGGGACGAUUGGGAGGAGAGAUGGGGGCGGGGGCGGAGGGAGGGGAUGGGGCGAUCAGGGGAGGGGAGGAGAGGGGCGCUGGCAAGACAGCAGAGACGGAUAAUGACAAGACAGCAGAUACGCAUAGUGACAAGGCAGCAGAGACGGAUAAUGACAAGGCAGCAGAGACGGAUAAUGACAAGACAGCAGAGGCGGAUAAUGACAGGACAGGACAAGGGCAAGGGAAAGGCAAGGAGAAGGCAAGCGUAAAGAAGAAUAGGGGCGUGAUGGGGCAGGUGGUGGAGGUGGAUGUGGGGCAGGGCGUACGUGUGCCUCUGCUUAGGGCGGUGCAGGUGUGUCUGGAGUCGGGCAUUGUGGGGGCGUGGGCCGUGCCCCCACACCACCUGCGACACUCGGAGAAUGCUGACGACGAGAAACAGGAGGGCAAGUACCGGCGGGUGCAAUUCAACAGUGCAGAGGGGGAUGGGGGCGUGGCGGAGCGAGUGCAGCUGGCGCUGAUCAGGCAGAGGAGGCUGCAGGUGGAGCUGCAGCACUACUUUGUGCGGCCUCCCAACCAGUACAGGGCCAUCCUGCACGAGUCAGGGCUGGGCAUAGAGCAGCGCUUCAAGGGCCACGCCACCUCCUCCUCCGCUCGCUCCAAGGGGUUCAUCCGCGACGCCAUCCUCGGCAAGCGCUCUGAGUCCUCCGCCCGGGCUGUCAUCGCUCCCGACCCAUCUCUUGCCCUGCAUGUGAUUGGCGUCCCUCCAUCGAUUGCUGCUGGGCUCUUCGUCCAGGAGCUCGUGUCUCACCUCAACCUGCACUUUCUGCAAGCCUGUGUCGAUGCAGGCCCAUGCCCGCUGCCUCUGCCACCACCGCUGGACACAGGCGGGGAAGGGAGUGCUGGUGGUGGUGGUGGUUGGAAUGGUGGUGCGGGUGGAGCCAGGGGUGCACCUACUGAUGAGCCGUGGGGUGCUGGUGGUGGGAGUGGUGGGGAUGGUGGUCGUGCUGAUGCUUCUGCUGCUGCUGGCAACGGGUGGGGGGCUGAUGCUUCUGCUGCUGCUGGCAACGGGUGGGGGGCUGAUGCCUCCGCUGCUGCUUCUGCUGGUGGUGCUGAUGCGGGUGCAUGGGGUGCUGAUGCGGGUGCAUGGGGUGCCGAUGCUGCUGGUGGGGGUGCGGGUGAUGCUGGUGGUACUUCUGGUGGUGCCGGUGGUGCUACUGCUGGUGGUGAUGGUGGUGCUGGUGAUGGUGGGAAUGCUAGUGAUGCUGCUGCUGCUGCUGGUACUGGUGAUGGUGGAAGAUGUGAUGAGCGAAGGGCAGGCGUGGAGACAGAGGGAAGUAGUGGUGGUAAGAGUAGUGGUUGGGGUGGUAACGAUGGUGCUGCUCCUGCUGCUGCUGGCGGUGAUGAUUUUGGUUGGGGUGGCGGUGGCGGUGCUGGUUGUGGUGCUGCUGGUGCUGGUGCUGCUGGCUGGGGGAACGAUGAUGCCAGUGGUGGUGGUCCUUCUGGUGGUUGGGGUGGUAACGAUAAUGAUGCCACUGCUACUGCUGCCGGUAAUGGUGGUGGAGGUGGUGGUGCUGCUGCUGCUGGUGCUACAGGCUGGGGGAACAAUGAUGCCAGUGGUGGUGGUGAUGGUGGUGGUGGAUGGGGAAGGAAUGAUGGUGCUGCUGCUGGUGAUGGUAAUAUUGGUGGUUGGGGUGGUGGUGGUGCUGCUGCUGCUGGUGAUGGUAAUAGUGGUGGUUGGGGUGGUGGUGGUGCUGCUGCUGCUGGUGAUGGUAAUAGUGGUGGUUGGGGUGGUGGUGCUGCUGCUGCUGGUGAUGGUAAUAGUGGUGGUUGGGGUGGUGGUGCUGCUGCUGCUGGUGAUGGUAAUAGUGGUGGUUGGGGUGGUGCUACUGGUGUUACCGAGGCCAGAGAGGGCAAGCCUGAUUGGACCAAGGUGACCCUGAGCCGAUGGCGGUCCCGUGGUCUUGACCUGCAGGUGGGGACUGGGCCAGGCGUUACCUCGUCACGAGUUGCCAUGGUCAGUGGUGUCAGGAUCUGUGCUCCUGCUGACCCGUUUCCAGCAGCACCAGGAGCAGCAGCAGCAGGAGUGGCGCCUGCACCACUUUUACCUGCACCAGCCGCGCCUCCCUCGUCAGUGCGUGCGUCUGCUGCCUUAGCAGCAUACGUGAGCUCAGCCUUGCUUGCCGGAAUAACACCCACUGCUGCUGCUGCUGCUGUUGGCGCUGCUGGUGACAACGAUGGUGGAGGGACAGUGGUAGGGAUGAUGGUGCUGCGCCACUUGGCGGAUGGGGAUUGGUUGCUGCUGAACCGCACCCCAUCGCUGCACAAGCAGAACCUCAUGGCGUUUCGAGUGCGCCUCGUGCCGGCUGCCAUCUCUGCCAAUGCUCUCCUGCUCAAUCCUCAGGUGUGCGCAGCGUUAGCGGGUGAUUUCGACGGCGAUGAAGUGAACGUGUUCACCGUCCAGCAGAGCGCCGUGGCAGCAGAGGCAGCAGAGCUCAUGGCCGUGGACAAGCAGCUCUUCCCCACCCUCCCCCCUCCACCGCUCCCUCCUCCUCUCCCCCCUCUCCCUCCACCACCUCCUAUCAAUCCCACAUCUGAUCCCUCUUCGUCCCGUGCCGCUGCUGCUCCCCCUGCAACUGCCAUAGGCACCACCGCAACUGCUGCUACCUCCUUCCAUCCCUCCUCCCGUUCCUCCUCCCGUUCCUCCUCCCGUUCCUCCGCCUGUUGCUCUUGCCACUCCUCCUCAUUCUCUCACCCGCACUCCCCUCGCCACGAUGCUGCCGUCAUGUCUCUCCAGCAGGACGCCCUGCUCGGAGCAGCAGCAGCAGCAGCAGCAGCAGCAGCGGCAGGAGCAGGAGCAGGAGCAGGAGCAGGAGCAGGAGCAGGAGCAGGAGCAGGAGCAGGAGCAGGAGCAGGAGCAGGAGCAGGAGCAGGAGCAGGAGCAGGAGUAGGAGCAGGAGCAGGAGCAGCAGCAGCAGCAAGAAAUCCUUAUUUUCCUCUCCCCCCACCAGCUAUUCUCAAGUACCCACUCCCAAACACCAGCAGCCGCCAUCCUCCCCCCCCUGCCCCCCCUCUCUGGACCUCCCUUCAGCUGCUCUCCACCGUCAUCCCGCCCUCCCUGUGCUUCCAGUAUCGGAAGUGCGGCGUUCGGGUGCAUCAGGGGGAGGUCGUAUUCGUGAAUGAGCAUGGGCGCAUGGGGGUGGGAAGAGGCGGGAGAAGGCGUGGGGUGCAGGUUACAGGCGGGGAAGAGAGUGAGGGGUUGAAGGUAGUUAUGGAGGAGGAUGAAGAGGAAGAGGAGGAGGAUGAAGGUACCAAAGAGGAGGGAAAAGAAGGGAAGGAGGAGGCGGAGGUGGAGGUGGGGGAUGGGUCGCGGUGGCUGAGGGGUGGCAGCGAUGGCUUGCUGGCAGCCAUAUGGCGGCACCAUCCGCCAAUGGCAGCACGACACCUGGCGGGCGUGCAGGCACUAGCGGUGACCUAUCUGUCCACUGUAGCCGGCCUCAGUGCCGGACUCAGUGACUUCUGCGGCCUCCCUGCCAGUGAAUCCCACGGUGACUCCCACAGUGACUUCUGCAGUGACUCCUGCAGCCUCCCACAGCACUCCCCUCUCUCUGCCCACCCCUCCAGCUCCCCUCCUCCGCCUCUCUUCUCCGGCGCCUCACCCCUCUUCCCGCGGGGCAAUGCAGUUCGGGAGAUGCUGGGGGCGGGCAGCAAGGGCAACCCCAAGCAGAUCGCCGAGCAGGUGCAAGAUUUGGGGCUCCACGCCCUGCUGCCCCCCGGCCCGCUACCCCAUGUCGUGGACCCCAUCCGACUGAACCUCACCGCUCCUAAGUCCACACUCACUAACAACGCCCCUAACUCUAUCCCUCUUGCCCGUUCCCCUGCCAAUUCCCGUGCUCAUGCCCCUGCCUGGUCCCCUCCCAAUCCCCCUGAUUUCGGACCUUCCGUGGCCUCUCAACCUGCCACCUCUCUCUCCCCUGGCUUUUCCCAAAGCUUGGGCCUAGGCUUGGCCCGAGGCUCCCUGCUGGCGGGCCUUUCGGCUCGGGAGCUCUUCCAAGCCGCAGCUUCGGCCAGGCCUGCUCUGGUAGCCGAGGCUACGAGCGUGGCUCGGCCGGGGGAGCUCUCCAGGAAGCUAAGAGAAACGCUUAGAGAUGUUGUGGUGGCUUAUGAUGGGCAGGGGGGGUCGUCUGGGAAGGGCAAGGUUGGGAGAGACGACAGGAAGGACCGAGGAAAGGGCAAGGAAACGGGAAAGGAGAAGGUGGGAGAGAAGAAGACUGGUGAGAGGAGGGAGGUGGGGAAUGAGGGGGGUGUGUGGGCGGAAGCAGGGGAUGCAGUGGGCAUGGCAGCGGCGCAGGCAGUGUCUGGACCAGCGACGCAGAUGGUGCUGACGGCGGGGCAUGAUGGCGCGCACGGCGGUGCCUCCUCCCUCAUUGCCCGACUGGAGCGCCUUCUGUACGCAACUGACUCCUCUCCAAGGGUCCAACUGCGAUUCCUUCCCGCUCAUCCCACCUCUCCUUCCAAGGACAGCACCACCUCUUCUGCAGCGGCAGCAUCAUCAUCAUCAGCUGCUGCUGCUGCUGAUGCUGCUGCUGCUGCUGCUGACUGUCGGUUGGCUCUCGCAGCACAGGGCCGUCUGCUGCCUCUGCGGGUCAGGCAGCUCGCCUCUCAUGUCAUGAUCGAGUACCGGAGAAGGGAGCUGAAGCGGUGGGACGAGGGAGUGAAGGCAACUGGAGCUAAAGCGAGGAGAGAGAGGGAGAGGGAGGAUGUGGAAGCAAAGCAACAGCAGGGAACAGGUGGAAGGGGCAGGAAGAGAGGGAGAGACGGACUGAGAGGGGAUGGGGGAGAGAAGGGCCGAGGAGGGGCAGAAGGAAAGGGAAGAGCAGGAGGUGGGAGGAGGGGGGCUGCUAAAGGGUCUGAGGACAGGGCGGGAGUGAAGGAGGCAUGCUGGCGGGUGCAUAUACAGCUGUCAGAGGAUGCCAUAGCUAAAGCAUUUGCCUGCCUCCCAAGUUCUCGCUUCCCUGACCCUCAUACCACCAUCCAUCAAGCCGUGAAGGCGGCCGUCCAAUCACAUCUCGACACGUGGCACAUGGAGAAGACGAGGAAGGCGUGUGGGGCAGGCGAGUUGGUGCACCUGAUGCACGUGGAGCUCAAGUCUCGCUGUCUGUUCUCAUCAAGCCAUACGCCCACCUCUCACACCUGUCAGGGCCCUUGUGUGCACGUGGUGCUGGCACGGCCAGCCGUCAGAGGGGUUGCUGAGCUGGUUGGAGGGAGAGUGGAAAGUAGUACCGGGCAGGAGGAAGUGGAGGCAGGAGAGGGCGAGGGAGGGUGGGAGGCUCUGCUAGAUCUAGAGAGGUUGCGGGAUGUGAUUGUGCCGAGGGUGCUUAACACAGUAGUCACAGGCAGCAGGAGCAUUCAAGCAGCGCACAUACAAUGGCAGGACGAGGAGGGCUCAAACCCGCCCAGCCAUCUCGCUCUCUCCGUCUCGCUCUCCUCCCUACGCUCUGUCUGGCCAUCCGUUGCUGUUGCCUGUGCGGCAACUGGCUGCUGGCAAGCGAUUGAUUGGGCGCGAAGUUACCCAGAGGGGCUGCAGCAGGUGGCAGAGUCGCUUGGCAUCGAGGCUGCUCGAGGGGUGCUGUUUCAGCGCCUGAGUGCGCUCAUGAAGGAAGCCGGGGCGAAGGUGCCUCCCCGCCACCUCACCCUCGUGGCUGACUGCAUGACAAUGACGGGGUCCCUCCACGGCAUGUCCUUCGCUGCCCUCGCCUCACAAGCCGUCUCCUCGCCCUUCCUCAGGGCGUGUGUGAAGGACCCUGUCCGCACAUUCACCACCGCAGCGAUCGAACAUGCCUCUGACAGCCUGGUGGGCGUCGUUGCCAGCGUGGCGGCUGGCAAGCCCAUGCCAGCUGGCACCGGCGCUCCAUGCUUCGAUCUGAUCCUCCACGAUCCUCCUGCUCCUGCCGCUGCUGCCGGUGGUGUUGGUGCUGCUGCUGCCGCUGCCACAGCUACAGCUACGGCGGGUGGUGGGGCUACAGCUGCUGCUGGCUGGGGUGGUGAUGCUGCUGCUACUGGUGGUUGGGGUGGGCGAGCUCGAGGGAAGGCGGAGGGUGAGGGAGAGGGGGGUUGGGCUUCAGGGGGUGUGGAUGAUCCCGCUGCUUCUGGUCCUGCUGGUGCUGCUGGUGCUGCUGGGGAGGGGAGGGGUGGAUGGGACUGUAACGAAAAUGAAGCUGGAAGAUGGGGCAGAGAGGAGGGGGAGAAAGGGGAUGGCGCAGCAGGGGAGGGCGCAGGGGCAGGGUGGGGAGAAGACGGCGGGAGGGGUGGGGCACAGGGAUGGGGCAAAACUGGCAGGGAAAAGAGCGAGGGUGAAGGAGCAUGGGGAGCCACAGGAUCGAGACACAACGCAGGAGCUCCCGAGAUCCCUACAUUCAAAACGCCGUCCUCUCACAAGUACGAGCCCAAGCACAAGCACAGGACGAAACACAAGAGCAAGAACAACUCCCUCUUCAAAGUCUUCAUGGCAGACGCCCCCAUGUACUUCCGCCCCCGCAGGCAUCUCCUCCCUCUUCUCUGUGCUGACCUGGCAGUGCCACAGUCGCUGCUGGGCGCACGCUGCGCUGCCACCUGUACUGCGUCCGUCCAGCUGGACCACUCCAUGCAGGAAGCAGGCGAGGCUGCGGGUGAGAGUGACACCAAGAGAAAGGAGGAGAGGAUGGUGGAUGGGCAGCAGGAGGAAGGUUUGGGGGAUCCUGCAUGUGCAGGAGGGGGUUAUGAGUAUGAGGGCGCUAAAACACCACCCUCACUACCCCCUCCUCCGCCCCUUCCCCCUCCACCUUCACUCCUUCCUCCUCCCCCUCCCCUCCCGUCUCCCCAAGGGCCCCUCCCACCACCUCCCGGUGCCAAUCCCUUCUCCCCCCUUCCUCCGCCCCUUCCUCCUCCGCCUUCCCUCUUGCCCCCUCGCCCCUCCGCCCUCUCCCUCUCCAAAGCGCCCGUCCAACUGCCUGGUCUGGAGCCCUCGUCUCUCUCCGUGUUCAUCGAUAGGUGCAAGCAUGGAGUCUCGUCGGAAGCAGCAAGGGCGACGGAUGAGGUCGUGGAAGAGGGACGGGAAGCAGGGGCUUCUGUGGGAGCAGAAAGGGGAGGAGGAGCAGGGGGAGCAGAGGGCGCAGGGGGAGCAGAGGGCGCAGGGGGAGCAGAGGGCGCAGGGGAAGCAGCAGGGGUGGAGACAGACGGGGCGACAGCGGCAGGAGCAACACAGGCAGGGGUGACAGUAGAGAGUGGGACAGUAGAGGAGAUGACAGAAACAGGAGCGCGUGUUAGCCUGCAAGCUGUGCUGGCCGAGAGACUGACGCAAUGGAGAGAGCGAAAGGGGGAGGAGGAGGAGGAGGAGGAGGAGGAGGAGAAGGGAGGCAAUGAGAGCGAUGGGAAUGGUGAGGCGUCUGCUGUUCCCGGUGCUGCUGGCGAUGCUGCCCCUGCUGUUGCUCCUGCUGAUUCGGUUCUUGUUGCUGUUGACCAUAGUGAGUCUGCUCCUUGUAUUGCUGCUGAAGCUGGUACUGGGGAAGCUAUUAGGAGAAGAGCUUGGGGUUUGGUCUGCUGUGCCAAUCCCGGAGCAGCAGCAGAUGAGAGCAAAGAAGAGGAGAGGGAGCAGCAAAAACAGGCAGAGCAACAUCAAGAGUCACAGCAGCAGCAGCAGCAGCCACAACAGCAUGAGCCAACCCCCCAUGAGGACCACAACCAGCUUGAGCACCGGGAGCAGCCUCCCAGUGGAGGCAGCAGGGUUCGGCUGUACAUGGGCGACGAAAGCGACUCCAGAUACGACACGCUGGACACGCUGCAGGGCAUACGCAAGAGGGCACAGGAGCUGCUGCAUGUGCGGUACCAGCCGGGGGAGCAGCUCGGGGAAGAAGACUCUGAGUUCGUUCAGGCGAACCUGCUGGUGCACCACCCAAGGGCGAGAGAGAAAACGGCAGCUGGAGUGGCUGGGAUCAAGGUGGACCACCAUCCGGAGCACCCCAACACUGUCUGCUUCUUCAUCAUUCACCAUGCCCAACACUCCCGUGAACACUCUCCCCACCACUCUCCCAAAAAAGUUCCUGAAGCCUCUCCGCAGGACAAUCCUGCCUCUCCUCCCUCUGCUUCUCCGUUGGCCAUGCCUGCCUCACCUCCCCCCCCACCUCCUGAGCCGACCCCCUCUCCCUCUGCAUCCCCUCCCUCUCCUUCCAUCCCUCCACCUCCUCCUCCUCCUCCCGCUGUUCCCGCUCCUCCUGCCUGCUCCGAUUUCUCCUACAACAAGUGUCUGCUGGGCCUAGCUGCGUCUGUGGGUGUUCCUCUCUGUGACCUGGGAUGGGGGCGCAUGGAGGCGCAGCAGCAGCGUAGGGCGAGAGAGAGAGCAGCACCCACACCUCGUGACACACCUCUUGACACGCCUCGUGACACGCCUCGUGACACGCCUCGUGACACAUCUCGUGGCACAUCUCAUGACACACCUCGUGACACGCCUCGUGACACAUCUCAUGACACACCUCGUGACACACCUCUUGACACAUCUCAUGACACGCCUCGUGACACCCCUCACCAUGCACCAGAUGAGAAAGCGUGAGAUGUAAUGCACACUGCAGCUGAAGGGGGUGAGGGGGAGAGGUUGAACGAGGCACGGGAAGAGAUGGUGAUGGACGCUAAUGCUGAGGGUGACGGGGAAAGGGGGGAUUGCGUGAAUGUGGGUGGGGAUGAUGAUGGGGAAGGGGGAAAUAGCAUCAAUGCGGGUGCGGGUGGGGAUGGAGAUGGGGAUGCUGGUGUUCAUGAUGGUGGGGUUGGUGAUGGGGAUGAGAAUGGUUUGGAUGGUGGUGGGGAAAUAGAUUAUGUUGCUGCAAGCAUCAACUGACUGAUCAGCAACCCUUGCAAGCAAUAGCUGUGGCCUUUUCCAGCGCAUUGAUACUGUUGAAACUGGUACACUGAUCCAUACAGUCUGGAUGGAAAUGGUUGGAAGUAGUUGAUCCUUCCUGUAAGGAACUGCUCACGUACUUUGAAAUGGUGUCAUGUUACCGCAGUUUGAAAAUGUUUAGGAUGCAAUGCUAGACACUGCA